UGCGGAUAAGGCCGAUGGAGAGUUCCAGAGACACUGAUCGAGAGAGAGAGAGAGAGAGAGAUAGAGAGUCUGACACUGCCAACUCUGAGAGCGAAGAAACAAUAGGUGCGGCUUAUUUUUGAUUUUUGUGGAUGUUGUAUGCUUAGUAGUUGAUUGAAUACAUAUGCAAGGAUUUCACAUUCAGUCUUCGUCCUUGGUCGCUUUGCUUUCUGUUUGUGAAUUCCGUAUCCGCUUGAUCUGACCGUGUAAUUGAACAUUCUGAGUAUUGUGAGGAAGGCAUAGAAUGAGCCCGCAAAGCAUGUAAAUUUUCCUUUUCCUUUUUACCCUGAACUGAUUUGUAAAUAGUCUGAAGAAUUCGGAGCCUGAGAGACUCUUGCAGCUACUUUCCUUGAAGGCCAUUGAUCUAUCAUGAUGUUGCAAAAAGGAAAAGAAAAAUGUUUCUAUCAACCCUGCAGUAUAGGAUCAACUUUCACACCAAAGCCUCAGGGGAAGUUUCUUGCUACAGAAAAUUUCUUUCACACAUUCAAGAGGAUUGGUCAAAGUGAAAGAAGAGAUAUCAAGCAUUUGAUGAAGAAGCUUUGCUGCAGUAUUGCUUCUCUUCAGCAUAUUCUGUUGCCUUACUUCAGGACAGUCUUGGAAUCUCUUUGGAUGAUGAAAGGGAACAGGAAUAAGGGGAUUGGGUCUAUGCUUUCGGCCAGGGAAGAGAGCAGUCUAUAUGAAUUGAAGAUGAUUUUGUUGUGGAUGAUAAGAUUGUUGCACAUCAUGAGGUGGAACUAGCGAGAAGUUUUUUAAGGAUGGAUUGUCUUUAGUAGGGCUAGGCAGAAACCGACUCGAACUUGAAAAACCGGCCGAUCCGACCAGCAAAAACGGGUCGGAUACCGAACCGAAAUGAAAAAACAACUGAAGAAGACGUAACCGACCCGCACCGUUUUACUUCGGAUCAGAAUUGGGUUUGCCAUUUGCACCGACCGGAUUGAAACCGAUCCACCGAAUUAUUAUUAUUAUAUCUACAUUUCCCCUUUUGUAGUCAACUUGACCAGGUCAAGUAGUAUAUAUACUCUAACCCUAACUCUUUAUUCCAUUUCAGUCACUUUUUUUUUUCUCUGCAGCCGCACUCUCUCUCACCCUCUCAUUCUCGAUUUCUCUCACCAACCCCCUCUAAUCACAACAACCUCACUCAAUCUGUAUUCGACAACAAGAAUUCAAUCUGCAUUUUUGUUUGUGCAUGAUUUAUCGAUCAUCAAUAAGAGUGUCAGGUUUCAUACAAAUCUAUUGGUAAGUUUCUAUUUUUUUAGUAUAAAUUGGGUAUAGAUAUGGGUUUUGAUUGAAUGAAUAUGGUGUUUUCUUUCUAAGAAUUUGGGUUUGAUUUGUAUGCUAUUGACUGAAUGAAUUAUGGAUUUAGUGUUCUGAUUCCGAUAUUGCAUGUCUUCGAUUUAGGCUUUGAAUAUUACGCUAUUGCUUGUGUUCGAUUAAGGAUUUGAUUAUUAGGCUAUUGAGAUCAUGAUCUGAAAUUUUAUGUUCUCAUACUUUUGUAUCUUGAUUUGUAAACUAGGAUCGGUGGUUUUCAGAGGUAUCUGCAGUGGUGUUCAUCUGCCGGAGCCAAGAGAAAUGAAGCUGGGAAUUGAAACACUAUCAUCGAUCAUUUAAUCUUUUGUUGUUUUUGUUUUAAUUAAUUAACUAUGGCACUUUGAUUUAUUUGAUCUGUAAUAAGUUCUUCGGUUCUUGUUAGUUUUCCCAAAUUGGUUAUUGUUCAUAUGAAUUAGGUUGAAGAA